AUGCAGUCAGACGAACAAAUAUCCAACAUUGACCAACACGAGAGCCAUCCGGCGUUUCUCGCAGACCGGACGUCCGAGUCUUCUUCAGGGGACGCUGAGAAAUCCGUGGCCACCAACGGCCUGGAGCUCGAAAACAACGUUCUGGGCAACUAUUCGGAAGACCAGGUCCAGAGCAUGGGGAGGAACUAUGCUCUGAGGUACGGCAUGGACCCGGACCUGUUUUCCAGGGCGGCAGCCGUGGCCAGACGUCCUACCGGGUUCAACUCCAUGGGGUUUCUUUCCGACCACGAAAAAGAGGCCCUAUUCUUGGAGAUCGAGCAUCCUUGGCGCAUUCCUUGGCAACUUUACUGGCUCAUCAUCAUGGCUUCCAUGGGAGCCGCUGUUCAGGGCAUGGACGAGACGGUUAUCAACGGAGCACAGCUAUACUAUCCGAAGUACUUUGGACUUGACGCAGACACCGAGCGGAACACUUGGCUGGUCGGGCUGAUCAAUUCUGCUCCGUAUCUGUGCUGUUCGUGUAUUUCCUGCUGGACGACCGACUGGCUGAACGAGCGGCUGGCCAGAAGAGGAACCAUCUUCCUUACUUGCACCAUUUCUGCAGUGACGUGUAUCUGGUCUGCGUUGACUAACAACUGGUACCAUCUAUUUAUCUCGCGGUUCUUCCUGGGGUUCGGCAUUGGCCCCAAGUCGUCCACGAUCCCGGUCUACUCGUCGGAAUGUGCUCCGGCGCGGAUUAGAGGCUCGCUCGUGAUGAUGUGGCAGGUGUGGACUGCCUUCGGUAUCAUGUUUGGCUACGUGAUGUCGCUGGCGUUCUACACGGUGCCAUCGCACUCGAUCCACAAAGGGCUGCAAUGGCGGCUGAUGCUGGGGUCGGCCUCGUUGCCCGCUUUCUUGGUGAUGCUGCAGGUGUGGUUCUGCCCAGAGUCGCCAAGAUGGCUCAUGGGCAAAGGCCGCCACGUUGAAGCGUUUGAAGCUUACAGCCGGAUCCGGGGCACGCCGAUCCAGGCCGCCAGAGACACGUUCUACACGCACGUGCUGCUGCUGGAAGAGAGCUCGUACGAGAUGCCGUUCUUCAGAAAGGUGAAGGAGAUGUUCACAGUGAGAAGAAACAGAAACGGAGCUGUUGGAGCGUGGGUGGUGAUGUUCAUGCAACAGUUCUGCGGAAUCAACGUUAUUGCAUACUACUCGUCGUCGAUUUUCCUGGACUCGGGCUUCAUCGAAAGAGAUGCGCUGCUUGCUUCGUGGGGCUACGGCAUGGUGAACUGGAUCUUUGCGUUGCCUGCGUUUUUAACAAUCGACAAAUUCGGCCGCAGGUCGUUGCUGCUGUUUGCUUUCCCGCUAAUGGCGGGCUUUUUGCUUCUCACCGGGUUUGCUUUCUGGAUUAAGCAUGAAAAGGCCAGGGUGGGCGUCAUUGCUCUGGGCAUUUAUCUGUUUAGUGCUGUUUACUCCUCAUCGGAGGGUCCUGUGCCUUUCACGUAUUCUGCCGAGUGUGCAGCAUUGUAUGUGCGUGACGUGACGAUGUCGUUUGCUACUGCUACUUGCUGGUUCUUCAACUUUAUUCUUUCGCUCACCUGGCCGUCCAUGCUUAAGAAGUUCAAGCCGCAAGGAGCGUUCGGCUGGUAUGCGGCGUGGAACAUGAUUGGAUUUUUCAUGGCACUGUGGCUGCUUCCAGAAACAAAGGGACUCGCGUUGGAGGAGCUAGACGAGGUGUUUGACGUUCCUGCGCCAAAACACGCAGCUUAUCAAACUAGACACCUGGUCAACUGGAUCCAGCGCGCCGUUUUCCGCCAAAACAUUCCGAAAAUUGAGCCGCUUUACCACCAGCAGCGCGUCGCUGUGCACAACCAAGAAUGGGUGGAGAUGAAGCAUGAUGUCCAACAUGUAGAGUAG